AUGACGACGCCGGCAAAGCUGUAUGGACGCGAACUGUCCGCAUAUGAUGAUGUUGACGUCGACGAACUGCUUGCUAAGUUGUCACAGGAGGAGCUUACUAUGCUCGCCAAGGAAGUCGAUCCAGAUGACAACUUUCUCCCUCCCUCGCAGCGUAAUAACUAUGCGUGCGAAAAGGACCCCACAGGUCCACUUAAUCGCAAGAAGUUAAUUGAACACAUCAACAAACAAGCCUUAGAGACUCCAGACCGGCCUGAGGUCAAACCGUAUGUCGCUGGUGUUAUACGUGGUAAAAAGUGGAUCCCACCCCCUGUUCCGGAGAAAGUGCGUGAGGCCGAAGAACAAAUAACAAUCGACUUAGGCGACGAAUAUGAACAAGCCCUUACUACUGCUAGCCAAGAAGAAAUCAUCGAUCUCGCUGCUAUUCUCGGAUUCCACUCCAUGAUGAACCAGGACCAGUACCACGCGUCGCUGUUGAAUAAAGGACAACCUGUGGGACUCGGUUGGGACGGUAUCACUAAGGCCACUAAGCCUAAGAUAUAUCCCAUGGACCCCCCUAACGACGUGGACCCCGACCAGACCAUCAACAGGGUUAAAGAUAACGACCAGUCCUUCAUUGAUCUCAAUUGGAAUAAUAUUAAGAACAUAAGCGACGAGAAAUUCGAGAAGCUGUUCGAGGCGCUCAAGACGAACACUCACCUGGAGGUGCUCUCGCUGGUGAACGUCGGCCUCAACGACCGCACGGCGCAGCUGCUGGCCGACGCGCUGGCGGCCAACGCGGCGCUGCGCGUCGUCAACGUCGAGACCAACUUCAUCAGCCCCGCGGGCGUGGUGCAGCUCGUGCGCGCGCUGCUCGCCACCAACACUGUGGAGGAGUUCCGCGCCUCCAACCAGCGAUCGCAAGUGCUCGGCAACAAAACCGAGAUGGAGAUAACCCGGCUGGUGGAGCAGAACCCCACGCUGCUGCGGCUCGGCAUGCACCUCGAGUACAGCGACGCGCGCCACCGCGUCGCAUCGCAUCUGCAGCGGAACAUCGAUAGAAAUUGCCGUUUGAAAAAGCGAGCUAGCGUGUCACUAAGCUUGCGGCUGCCGCGCGGACGCCCGCCGGCCGUCGGCGUCGACUCUAGCUUCUUCAACCUCACACCACCAAGCGCGGAAACCGCCACGCCCACUACAGAUAGAAGAAUAGUUGAUAAGCCGAUUAUCGAUAACGAUGUAUCGAUAACGGACGCCCAGAAUGGAAAUUUCGUGAUGGCGUCGCCGCCAGACAUUAACCCCGAACCCCACUCG